AUGGCAAUAUUAAUGUCCUUGCCACGCAUGAUAGGGUAUGCAUCAACCGUAGAUCUAAUGGUAAAUUAUUUAACCUGGCCCGACUUAAAACUAAAACAUAAAGAAGAUGCGUUCUUUUUAGAGAGCUGUUGCUUGCUGAUGAUGCUGCUCGAGUAUUUCACUCGUCGGAGGGAUUGCAAAAUUUCAUUGAUGCUUUGGAAAAUGCAUGUCGAAGAUUUGGGUUUACCUUACGUCUUACCAAUACCGAAAAACUUGCCCAAGGUAAAAACGAAUUACCGAGAAGACUGCGCUGGCUCGAACCGUAAGUCAGAUGGAAGAAUUUCUAAAGAAAUCUCUUACGCUGAGCUGGCCAGGGGUAAAAACACAAUCGGUCGCCAAAAAUUAACCUUCAAAGAUGUCUGCAAGCGAGACAUCAGGACUUCAGACAUUGAUUAUGACCUGGGUGAAGAGAUUGCUCAGCAUCGAACAGCAUGGAGGCAAAGUGUUAGAGAUUUGAAGCCGCUCCCGAAAAGCACAAAAAAUGAAAACCACCGCCAUCUGUCAAUCUUUCAGAAGUGUUGUCCAAUCUGUGGUGGAGUUUGUAACUCAAGAAUUGAAAAAAGUCGCAUCUGCAUUGUUAUCAUUCUCAAACAGACUCACCUUGAUUAUGUUAUUUUUUCGAGACAAAUUGAAUUUCGAACGAAAUCAACAAAAAUCAAAUCAAAAUUGAAAACCUUUUUCAACUUCCACACUUCUGUUAUUUUAAUUGAAGAUUCUUCACGUAUAGCAAUUUUCAGUGGCUACACAAUCCUACCAGGGUUUGGGGCCAUCCCACUGACAUGUAGUAGCCCAUAA